AUGUUCUCGACAUCACAGUAUCCAGGGAACGACUCCUCUCCUAAAGAGACUCCUCAACUGCGCGCAAAUACUCUCCGUUGCAACCUGGUCUACACCAGAUCUCCUUCUACCACGAAGGAAGAAGCUUUGAGGACGGAUUUAUUUUACCCCCUUCAAAUUUACAAUCACAAUACAAUAAAUACAGAACAGAAAAAUACGGAUCACAGGAACACGAACACGGGAAAGACGCGGGAUCACCAGAAACAGAUCACGGGAACAGACAGGGAUCACAGCAGGGAAAGAACCCGGGAUCACGGGAAACAAAAACCCGGGGAACGAGCGGGAUCACAGGAAACACAAAACACGGAACAGAGCGGAUCAUGGAAAAAAAAACACGGGAACAAAAGCGGACAUAGGAAAAAACCAAAACACGGAAAGACGCGGGAUCACGGGAACACAAAACGGGGAACAGACACGGAUACGGGAAAACAAGAACAGGGAAACAGACCGGUCACGGGGAACCAGAACAGGGAAACAGCAGGGGAUCACGGAACCAGAACACGGGAACAGCCCGGGGAUCACAGAAACGGGAACAGACACGGGUCGCGGAACACAGAAACGGGAACAGACAGGGAUCACAGGAAAACAAACACGGGAACAGACCGGGAUCACAGGAACAAGAACACGGGAACAACACGGGAUCACAGGAACACAGAAACCGGAUCCGCUUCAUUUCGUUGA